ACCGCAGCGGUCGCGUCACCGCCGAGGGGGCGGACCCGGGAAGGCUUUCGGGGUCACGGAGGCUGCUGCUGAGCCGGCCCUCUCGGCCAGCCCCGGCAUCGGCUCUCAGUCUCCCGCUUUGCGUUUCUCUCCCGGCUGCAUCCCGACGAAGAUGGCAACCGAUGGGCUGCAUGAGAACGAGACGCUGGCGUCGCUGAAGAGCGAGGCCGAGAGCCUCAAGGGCAAACUGGAGGAGGAGCGGGCAAAGCUGCAUGACGUGGAGCUGCACCAGGUGGCUGAGCGGGUGGAAGCCCUGGGCCAGUUUGUCAUGAAGACCAGGAGGACCCUCAAAGGCCACGGAAACAAAGUCCUGUGCAUGGACUGGUGCAAAGACAAGCGGAGGAUCGUGAGCUCCUCACAGGAUGGGAAGGUGAUUGUGUGGGAUUCCUUCACGACUAACAAGGAGCACGCUGUCACCAUGCCCUGCACGUGGGUGAUGGCAUGCGCUUAUGCUCCAUCGGGAUGCGCCAUCGCUUGUGGGGGUCUGGAUAAUAAGUGUUCCGUGUAUCCACUGACGUUUGACAAAAAUGAGAACAUGGCUGCUAAGAAGAAGUCUGUGGCCAUGCACACCAACUACCUGUCAGCCUGCAGCUUCACCAACUCGGACAUGCAGAUCCUGACAGCCAGCGGUGAUGGAACAUGUGCCCUGUGGGAUGUAGAGAGUGGGCAGCUACUACAGAGCUUCCAUGGGCAUGGGGCUGACGUCCUCUGCUUGGACCUGGCCCCCUCAGAAACUGGAAACACCUUCGUGUCUGGGGGUUGUGACAAGAAGGCUAUGGUGUGGGACAUGCGUUCGGGCCAGUGCGUGCAAGCCUUUGAAACUCAUGAAUCCGAUGUCAAUAGUGUCCGAUACUACCCCAGUGGAGAUGCCUUUGCUUCCGGGUCAGAUGAUGCAACGUGUCGCCUCUAUGACCUGCGGGCAGAUAGAGAGGUCGCCAUCUACUCCAAGGAGAGUAUCAUAUUUGGAGCAUCGAGCGUGGACUUCUCCCUCAGUGGUCGCCUGCUCUUUGCUGGGUACAAUGACUACACCAUCAAUGUCUGGGAUGUUCUCAAGGGCUCCAGGGUCUCCAUCCUGUUUGGACAUGAAAACCGUGUCAGCACUCUCCGAGUUUCUCCUGAUGGGACAGCAUUCUGCUCAGGAUCGUGGGAUCACACCCUAAGAGUUUGGGCAUAAUCCUCUCACGGUGUACCGGAAGAAUGUGUCCUCCCCUGUAGAUGUGACUUCUAGAGGAG